CGAUUUAUCGUAAACAAAAGAGAGGCGCACCGACCCGGAAGUUGAAACUGGAGCAGGGGCGGGAGUAGCUCGGAGGGCCGGCAGUGAGGGGGCCAGGUGGGAGUAGCUCCGAAGGCCCGCUGUGAGGGGCCGGGGGAAGCCGUAGCCAUGGCGGUGGCUGUGGCCAUGGCGGGAGCCGUACCCGGGACAGAGCUAGGCCCCGCGGAAGAACUCGCCAAACUCGAGUAUCUGUCUUUGGUGUCAAAGGUUUGCACCGAACUGGACAAUCACUUGGGUAUCAACGACAAGGAUCUGGCUGAAUUUGUGAUCAGUCUUGCUGAGAAAAAUACCACCUUUGAUACUUUCAAGGCUUCACUGGUCAAAAAUGGUGCAGAAUUCACGGAUUCUCUCAUUAGUAACUUGCUGCGUCUCAUACAAACCAUGCGGCCUCCAGCAAAGCCUUCUACUAGCAAAGAUCCAGUUGUUAAGCCCAAAACUGAAAAAGAAAAGCUGAAGGAACUCUUCCCAGUCCUUUGCCAACCAGACAACCCUUCUGUUCGGACCAUGCUGGACGAGGAUGACGUGAAAGUCGCUGUGGAUGUCCUGAAAGAACUGGAGGCCUUGAUGCCCAGUGCAGCAGGCCAGGAGAAGCACAGAGACUCCGAGCACCGGGACAAGGCCAAGAAAAAGAAGCGCAGCCGGAGCCGAGAGCGAGACCGUGACCGCGAGCGAGAACGAGAACGUGAUAGAGACCAUAAGCGGAGACACCGGUCCCGCUCUCGAUCACGUUCCCGGACCCGGGACAGGAAUAAGGGGAAGUCUAGAUACCGGUCCAGAAGCAGAAGUCAGAGUCCCCCCAGAGAUCGGAAAGACCGAGACAAGUAUGGGGAGCGGAAUCUGGACAGAUGGCGGGAUAAGCACGUGGACCGCCCUCCCCCAGAAGAGCCUGCCAUUGGGGACAUUUACAACGGCAAGGUUACCAGCAUCAUGCAGUUUGGAUGUUUUGUGCAGCUGGAAGGACUGAGGAAGCGGUGGGAAGGCCUGGUCCACAUCUCUGAGCUCCGGCGGGAAGGCCGUGUGGCCAAUGUGGCUGACGUGGUAAGCAAAGGCCAGAGGGUCAAGGUCAAAGUGUUGUCCUUCACCGGGACCAAAACCAGCUUGAGCAUGAAGGAUGUGGAUCAAGAGACCGGAGAAGAUCUAAACCCAAAUCGACGGCGGAAUCUUGUCGGGGAGACCAACGAGGAGACCUCUAUGAGGAAUCCCGACAGGCCCACCCACCUGUCCCUCGUCAGUGCCCCUGAAGUAGAGGAUGACUCACUAGAGCGCAAGCGCCUUACCCGCAUCUCUGACCCAGAGAAGUGGGAGAUCAAGCAGAUGAUUGCUGCCAAUGUCCUUUCCAAGGAAGAGUUCCCAGACUUUGAUGAAGAGACUGGCAUUCUGCCUAAAGUGGAUGAUGAAGAAGAUGAGGACCUUGAGAUCGAGCUGGUCGAAGAAGAGCCUCCAUUCCUGCGAGGGCACACCAAGCAAAGCAUGGACAUGAGCCCUAUCAAGAUCGUUAAGAAUCCAGAUGGCUCCCUCUCCCAAGCAGCGAUGAUGCAGAGUGCCUUGGCCAAAGAAAGGCGGGAACUUAAGCAAGCACAGCGGGAAGCUGAGAUGGAUUCUAUUCCCAUGGGACUCAACAAACAUUGGGUUGAUCCUCUGCCUGAUGCGGAAGGCAGGCAGAUUGCUGCUAACAUGAGGGGUAUUGGGAUGAUGCCCAAUGACAUUCCCGAGUGGAAGAAGCAUGCCUUUGGGGGCAACAAAGCUUCAUAUGGAAAAAAGACCCAGAUGUCAAUCAUUGAACAGAGGGAGAGCCUGCCCAUCUACAAGCUGAAGGAGCAGCUGGUCCAGGCUGUCCAUGACAAUCAGAUCCUGAUUGUUAUUGGAGAGACAGGGUCUGGGAAGACCACGCAGAUCACCCAGUACCUGGCGGAGGCGGGCUACACUUCCAGGGGCAAGAUUGGAUGUACCCAGCCUAGACGAGUAGCGGCCAUGUCUGUGGCCAAAAGAGUGUCAGAGGAGUUCGGUUGUUGCUUAGGCCAAGAGGUGGGGUACACUAUUCGAUUUGAGGACUGCACCAGCCCAGAAACAGUCAUCAAGUACAUGACAGACGGGAUGUUGCUCCGAGAGUGCCUGAUCGACCCCGACCUCACUCAGUAUGCAAUCAUCAUGUUGGAUGAGGCGCAUGAGAGAACAAUUCACACUGAUGUGCUCUUUGGAUUGCUGAAAAAGACGGUUCAGAAACGGCAGGACAUGAAACUGAUUGUCACCUCAGCCACCUUGGAUGCUGUGAAGUUUUCUCAGUACUUCUAUGAAGCUCCCAUCUUUACCAUCCCAGGUCGAACAUACCCAGUGGAAAUAUUGUACACAAAGGAACCUGAAACCGAUUAUCUCGAUGCCAGCUUGAUCACGGUCAUGCAGAUCCACUUAACAGAACCACCAGGUGAUAUCCUGGUCUUCCUGACUGGUCAGGAAGAGAUUGAUACUGCUUGCGAGAUCCUGUAUGAAAGAAUGAAAUCCCUGGGACCUGAUGUUCCAGAACUGAUUAUCCUCCCAGUGUAUUCUGCUCUCCCCAGUGAGAUGCAGACCCGAAUCUUUGACCCAGCUCCACCUGGCAGCAGAAAGGUCGUGAUUGCCACCAACAUUGCGGAGACAUCGCUGACUAUUGAUGGCAUUUACUAUGUGGUGGACCCUGGAUUCGUGAAGCAGAAGGUGUACAAUUCUAAGACAGGGAUUGACCAGCUCGUGGUGACUCCUAUUUCUCAGGCUCAGGCAAAGCAACGAGCUGGCAGAGCUGGGAGAACAGGCCCAGGGAAGUGUUACAGGCUGUACACAGAACGUGCCUACCGAGAUGAAAUGCUGACCACCAACGUGCCAGAAAUUCAGAGAACCAACUUAGCAAGCACAGUGCUCUCGCUCAAGGCCAUGGGCAUCAAUGACCUGCUGUCCUUUGACUUCAUGGAUGCCCCACCCAUGGAAACCUUGAUCACAGCCAUGGAGCAGCUGUACACGCUAGGGGCCCUGGAUGACGAGGGCCUGCUUACUCGCCUGGGCCGCAGGAUGGCAGAGUUCCCUCUGGAGCCAAUGCUGUGCAAAAUGCUGAUCAUGUCUGUGCAUCUGGGCUGCAGUGAGGAAAUGCUGACCAUUGUGUCCAUGCUGUCUGUGCAGAACGUCUUCUACAGGCCCAAAGAUAAACAAGCCCUUGCAGAUCAGAAGAAGGCCAAAUUCCACCAGACCGAAGGGGACCACCUCACCCUGCUGGCCGUGUACAACUCCUGGAAGAACAACAAGUUCUCCAACCCUUGGUGCUACGAGAACUUCAUCCAGGCCCGUUCUCUGCGCCGGGCCCAGGACAUUCGCAAGCAGAUGUUGGGCAUAAUGGACAGACACAAGCUGGAUGUGGUGUCCUGUGGUAAGUCCACAGUCCGAGUGCAGAAGGCCAUCUGCAGUGGAUUCUUCCGGAACGCUGCCAAAAAAGACCCACAGGAGGGUUACCGGACACUGAUCGACCAGCAAGUGGUCUACAUCCAUCCGUCCAGUGCCCUCUUCAACAGACAGCCCGAAUGGGUGGUGUAUCAUGAGCUGGUGCUGACCACAAAGGAGUACAUGCGUGAGGUCACCACCAUCGACCCCCGGUGGCUUGUGGAGUUUGCACCAGCCUUCUUCAAGGUCUCUGACCCGACCAAGCUAAGCAAGCAGAAGAAGCAGCAACGGCUGGAACCCUUGUACAACCGCUAUGAGGAGCCCAAUGCCUGGAGAAUAUCCCGAGCCUUCCGGCGGCGCUGAAAGACAAGAGUAUGUUGGCCUCACCUGCAGCCCUGGGCCAGGGCUCAGCCUCGCUCUUAUUGAUGAGAAGCUGGUCCUGAGGAUACAGCUGUCUGGUGGCUGAAUAUCUCAACUGGGCAUUUCCUAAACUUGACUCUCCUUCCUUCCCUGGUGGUAAAAUAGAAACAGGGAUUUGUGCCUGGUGUGAUCAGAGCCUCCAGGCUCCACCACCCCAAGGAGGGGCCAGCAGGGCUCACACCUGACGUGUGGUCCACUGCGUCAUCUUCAGAAAGGGGAAACUUCUGCAGCUCUUGGAUGGGAAAGGGAAGCCAUGAGCGUCUGCUUCGUGGAUUCAGUGAGGGCUCUGAGGCCCUGACUGGUACUCUGUAGGGGAGGGAGCCAUGAAGCUCACCCAAAGUGUUGGCCUCCCCCCUCUCCUUCAUACCCCUGUCCAGCCCCUGUCCUUUUGCUUAACCUCCUGCAAAUAUUUAUUUUCAUAAGGAAACAAAAAUGGUUCUCUGUGGCUGUUUCUUUUAGCUGAAAGGUUAGGCUGUUGGCCUGGGCUGAAGGUGGGGAGAUUUAGUAUCUGAGGCUUCAGUGGAGAGUCCCCUGAAACCAGAGCCUGGGGCUCUUUGGACUGAAGGGUGACGCACACCCAGACCUCCAGUGUUAUCUCUCAGCAUCAGCACUGGUCCAGAGCUGCAAGGACCACACCGUGAUUAACCACAUCCACUGCACAGGCAUUCUGCUCUGGGAACCUUAGUGAUUACAGAUGCCGCAUAUUAAAUACAGAAGGCUCUCCCUGGCUCCCUCUCCCACCUGCCAAACUCACAACAUGCAGUGCGUCCUAUUUCCUCUUGAAACACACAAGUAGUCGCACAACUUUCAGCUUAUUUUUGGUUUUAUUUUUAUCCCCCUGAUCUCUUUAACAGAAUUUUCUCUGGUCAAAGCCUCUCUUCCUCCACCCCAAAGUGAAAUCAACAUCACACCUCUCAGAGCCUAUUAGUGCUACCCAGGACCUGUGCUCCUGGCUGUGUGCUUGGUGGUUUUUCUCCUAGCAUUUGGUUGGGGAAUGGCCUCUUUCCAGGGCCCUGCUCAUAUUUAUCCUGACAAGCCUCUAGACUUGGAAGACCAUCAGGCAGAUGCUGCCAGGCCAGGCUGUGGAACUUCUGGGAAGUUGGUUUGGUGGAGAAACCCCUGGCAGAUUGGGCACAUCCUGUGUUAUGGCCCGAACUGUCUCCUGUCUCCCUACACUUGAGAGUUCUGAAAUGAUAUAAAUACUAGGACUACUCUACAGUGGUAUGUUGGACACUAAAGGAGACUUCUACAACCUACUAGGAUGUAAAGGAAUGUAGGCCACUGUUGGGCAGCAGACCUGUCUAAGGACACAAUUCAGAAACAACCCAGCAGAGUCUGUUGAUGGUAGAUCCCUGCCCCUUCAUUAGCUGAGUGAGCUCCUGCGAGUCUCGGUGUGCCUUGCAGGAAACCUAGGCCAGCAGUUGAAGUCAGAGGUUCUAAAGGUCCUUUAAGGCCUUGUGGGGAGACGGAGGAAACUGAAGCAGAAGCAGAGGCUGGCUACCCAGAAUUAAGAUUCCUGGCCAGGUCUGUCUGGUUUAGGAACAAACUCUGGGCUUGGCAGCCCACCUGUCCCAGCUGGGUGACCAGCAUUGACGGCAUUGGCACCUCUGAAGUCAUCACCGCCAAGAAAGGAGGUUUGGAUUUUAAGCUGAAGUUGAAAGGGGGAUGUUUAGCAGUCCAAGGCUGAGAGACAGUGGGCUGGUCAUCUUUCUGGGUUAGGUGAGCAAAAGGGACCCCGGCUCUGCGGGUGUUCUUGAACAUCUCCCCAAACAGCUGGAGUCACCGUCUGUGCUGUGACAGCAUGACAGGGGUCUGACCUUUUGACUGUCCAUGAGGAAACAGCAUGUAUGCAGCUCUGCUGAGCCCGCCUAGAGAGAACGGGGGGCUCCCGGCCAGAUUGGGCAGGAGGACCCGCCUGCUGCUCCUACACAAUGGGGCCCUUGUUUCUCUUCCUUGAAGCAGUAUUUCCCGAGAUGGAGUGACAGCCCAGAAGAGGAUGUGGGUCUCGUGCAAGGAGCUGGAAACAUCUUGCUGUUUAUCCCACCCCUGCGGGAGCCUGCCCCUGCACUUGUGCCGAGUCUGUGCCUGUCUGUGUGCUGGGGGACUGGCCCUGUGGGCCAUGUGUCAGCUCUCCUGUUGGGUCAGGCGCCUUGGUCCAGGGUUUCCCUUCAUCCAGUUUGGAGUGCGGCUCGGUUUUGGCUGUCUCUCCUUCAGCCAGAGAAUUCUCUCCUGUGGUCGUAGUUGUGGUCUGGUAGCCAUCUCCUCCUCAGAGCAGUGCCUUCCACAUGUAAGGAUUUGAACAGAGUUCUGAGGAGUGGCUUGUUAGCAUUCCAGAGGACAGAGGUCACAUGACUCAGCCCGUGGAGACCUUUCCAGGACCCUGUCUCUCCUAAGGCACCUACUGGGACCUCAGGGUUUCCACUUGACCUUUGCCCCUCUUCUCACCAUGAUAGCCUAGGUUCCAUGCACAAUUGCAGGCUUCCCUGGGUUGGGAAGAUCUCCUGGAGGAGGAAAUGGCAACCCAUUCCAGAAUUCUUGUCUUGGGAUAUCCCAAGGACAGAGGAGCCUGGCGGGCUAUAGUACAUGGAGUCAAAAAGAGUUGGACGUGACUGAGCGACUAACACUCAUGUACAAUUAUGUGUUUUUUAAAACUUGUUUUUUAAAAAUUUUCUGUCUAUUGCUGUAAAGUUAGCACAUUGUUUUCUGUUUCUGGGGAGAAAAAAUAACAUUGCUUUUUAUUUGU